AGCCAGUCUGAGCCAAGAACUGAUAAAGUUGUACAAACAGAUGAAGCAGUACGGAAACCUGAUCCUAUUCCUGUAAGCAGUGAGGAUGAAAGAAAUGCUCUUCUUCAAUUGGAGAGUGCUAUCUUGGCCAACAAAGCUACAAAAAGUGAUUUACAGAUGAAGGAACUUAACUUUGAAAAAGAUGAUGACAGUAAUGGCCACAUAGACUUUAUUACAGCAGCUUCCAAUUUGCGCGCCAAAGUGUAUAACAUUGAACCUGCAGAUAGAUUGAAAACAAAACGUAUAGCUGGAAAAAUUAUCCCUGCUAUUGCAACUUCUACCGCAGCUGUAUCUGGCUUGGUUGCUUUGGAAUUGAUCAAAGUAGUAGGUGUCUGCCCAUUUCAAGCAUAUAAGAACUGUUUUUUCAACUUGGCCAUUCCAAUAAUUGUCUUUUCAGAAACAGCUGCAGUUAGAAAAACAGAAAUAAGAAAUGGAAUAUCUUUCACAAUCUGGGAUAGAUGGACUAUUCAUGGGAAAGAUAAUUUCACACUAUUGGACUUCAUAAAUACUGUCAAAGAAAAAUACGGAAUUGAACCAAUCAUGGUUGUCCAGGGAGUCAAAAUGUUGUAUGUACCUGUAAUGCCUGGCCACGUUAAACGACUAAAGCUGACGUAAGUUUUAACUGGGCAUAACACAAAAAUUAAUGGGAACUUUGAGUUUCUACCAAAAACAUCUGUUUUACUCUGGUUAUGUUGACAGAUUUCUUUUUUAAACAGAUUGGUAUGCUAUUUUUUGUUGUUUGGGUUAUUCUUCAUAAAUGUUAAGAGAAGUCGGCCUUCUUCUAGAUCCAACAUUGCUUAGCAUCAAACAUUAGAUUUGAUGUAGUCUGGUUUUCAUUUCUUCUGGUUUUUUUUUUGUAUUGUAUAUUUUAUUUUCAUUUUCAUACACUCACAUGUAUACAUCAUACA